ACUUGUUUUUAGCGCCCCAAAAGGAGGGAUGUGGAGUCGAACACGGCAACAGAUCACACAACAAAAGGAAGUGAGGCUUGUACGCACUGAAUAUUUGUGCUUUAAAUAAACCUCUAUAAUUAACAGAAAUACGUCCUUUUUUGAUUUUAUUUGGCUCAAAAGAAGAGUUUAAACCGUCUUGGAAAACAUGGAAUAAUAGAGCGAAAAGUUUGGUCUGAAUCCACCCGAGUUGUUGAGCUCUUCCCGGGGCCCUUUGGGGCCCAGGAGGAGGAUGCAUCGAGGUGGGGAUAAAGACUUCCAGAUAUCGGCACGAAAGAUGGGCACAUCCUUGCUCUUCCAGCUGUCGGCUCACGAAAGAGAGCUGGAUUUGGUGUUUCUGGACCACAGCUACGCCAAGCCAUGGAAUGCCCACCCAGACGCCAGCAGCGCCCGGCCCACCAGGACGCUGUUUGUUACUCCUCGUCGCCAGCCUGAAGCCUUGUCAGACUCUGAUUCUUUGUUAGAUGUAGAGACGGUCACAGCGACACCUGUUCCUCUGUAUGAUAACCAGAAAGCUCUCAGUGUGAUGAAGGAGUGUGAGCGACAUGUUCUGUUUGCCCGCACGGUCGCUGAGAGCCCUCCGCCCCCCGAUGACUGGGAGGAACACGUAAACAAGACGGGAUGGUCAGUGGCCCAGAACAAACUGUUCAAUAAAGUCCUUAAAGCUCUACAAGCUGAAAGACUAGCCCGCCUGGCCAAUGAAAAUGCUUCCAAUGAGCCGAUCUUGCGGAGGAUAGCCGUGGACAAUUGUGCCAGGAAGGUGCGGCAUGCAUUAGCCAGUGUCAACUGGGACACCAAACUAACGCAGUGGUUACACACUACCAUGAUUGAAUCCUUAAGCCUUGCUAUGCUUGCUGCUUACCUGGAUGUUCUGCAGACUCUCAAAAGCAAGUUGCCGUUGCUGAUUGACAGAAUGUUGCUGACAACAACAAAGACUGGCGCUCCAAGUGCAGAGGCCCUGUCACUGCUGUUAAAACGGCCCUGGGACCCAGCUGUUGGAGUCCUGUCUCAAAACAAACCGAGCAAGCUUCCUGGAGCCCCGCUCAUCCUAAUCGCACCGUCAAGCCCAACCAAUCCUGCCCUCUCUACCUCGCGGCGAAUGAGAUUCUGGCAGUCACAGCUCUCCUGUUUGGGAAAGGUUAUUCCUGUGCACAGUCAUGUGAACAGCGGCGCAAACAUCGGCAUCACACAGUGCUUAGAGCACAUGUUGGGCACGGUCAGAGCCAAGGUGAUGGAGGUUCACAGUCACUUCCCCCACAAACCCAUCAUCCUGGUCGGCUGGAACACUGGUGCUCUCAUCGCUUGUCACGUAUCCCUUAUGGAGUAUCUGACCGCUGUGGUGUGUCUCGGCUUCCCCCUGCUAACAGUCAACGGUCCAAGAGGGGAUGUGGACGACCCGCUGCUGGACAUGAAGACUCCGGUGUUGUUUGUGGUUGGCCAGAACGCUAUGCAUUGUAGCAUAGAAGGCAUGGAGGAGUUCAGAGAGAAGCUGAGGGCAGACAACAGCAUGGUGGUGGUGGGAGGAUCAGAUGACAACCUCAGAAUCAAUUCAACAAAGAUGAAAUCAGACGGACUGACGCAGACCAUGGUGGACCGCUGCAUUCAGGAUGAGAUAGCGGACUUCUUGUCAGGCGUCCUCGCACGGGCAGAGGGCCACAGCCAUGGCUCGGGGGAGACGAGGGACCUGGACACGGAGAAGAAGAAAAGGCCUCGGCGGGAGCUUCCCUUCGACAUGGAGAGAGGACGGCCUUCCUCCCCUGCGCUCAGAGUUCCCAUCUCACCAUCAGGUUCAGAGGAUCUGUCUAGUGUCUGUAGCAGUCCCACUUCAAGUCCCAAACCCAAGACGUCUGGUCUGUCUCCAGCGCAGAAGUCCAGUCUGAUUACAGCCACGCAGCUCCUAAAGACCCACAUGCAGCGCUCUGGCACAGUACUCACUCACAAGCAGGCUCAAGCUCAGUUUGCUGCUUUUAUGAAACAAAACAUGCUUGUGAGGAAAAAUCUUCCUCCUGGCAGCCCUCCUUGCAUUUUUGUGCCAGUGACCAGUGAUCAGAUGGAGGGCCUGGACAGAGAUGAACUGCGGCCCCAUGGCAAGAGGAGGCAGGCGCCUAACCCCACACCAAGCAAAGCCUCCAAGAGAGCCAAGAUCAAGGUCACCAUUGUUUCCCAGAACGAGUCAGCAGGGGGCACCAUGAGCUCCGCUGCACAGCAAGUGGGUGUCUCUGGGAAGCCCUUAACUGUGACAGUGGGACAGACUGUGGCUGGAGCCAAGGAGCUCUCUGGACUUCUCACAGGCCAGCGGUCUGGUAGUCUCUCAGAGGUAUCUGGUGCCCUGUCCCCAGGCUCCAGCUCAUUCAACAGCGUGCAGCCUUGCAUGGUAUCAGGGUCGUCCACACCAGUCCUGGCGCAAGCUCCGGCUACUGCCCAAGCGCCUUCCGCCAGCAGUCUGCUACAAGGACUAAGUUUCAGUCUUCAGGAGAUCGUCACCAAAGCUCCUAGCUUGGCCUCCACAGCAGUCAGUACAGGCAGCACCCAGGCGGUCUGUGGCAAGCCCCAGGGUCAGGUCCUGAGCUCCGUCGCUACCAGCAGCAGUACUCUGCUCCGGGCGAUGCCUGUGGUCACCACAGGAGGAGUGGCUAAAACCACCGCCAUCCACCAGCUGCUUACUAACGGCGGGCUGGCCAAACUUGCCAGCAGCUUGCCCGGCUUGGCGCACAUCACCAAUCAGACCGCUGUAGGGCAGAAAGCCCCCACUUCGAUAACGGUGACGCUGCGAGGAGCACAGCCGAGUAGAGCGGGAUCUCUCAGCCCAGCUGGUGAGGUUGUGACGCCGGCUCGCCCCCCCGAGCCUAAGCAGUGAAAGGCUUCCAUGUGGCGAUGCACCUGAAGUAAGCUGGUGCUGUGCCAGGGGCAUCUGGGAGCCACAGCCUGCCAAUGUGACGCUACCCCCCCCCACAACAUGCAGAACACCUGCCACACGUCCUCCAGAGAGUCCCACUGUCCAGAUGGUUCGGAAAAGGCCGGGCCGUUACUGUCGGCUGUGGAUGUGCUGCUGCGUUGUCCCAACCUUUAUGUGCAGAUGUUUGUCUCCAUCAGGGGCGGAGCGGGGGUGGGGGGGCUCCAGUCCCGAAUGUUUUCUCAAAAAAGCCCCGAAUCAUUUAGGUCAUUUCCUCUGUCUCUCUUAAUGGACCGGAAAAUCAAUGAAGCAAAGGUUCUGUUACUGGGUGAAAUAUUGCCUUCGUUUCAAGAUCAGUAAUGCUGUUUACGCCAAAUUCCUACCCUACCUACCUACGUUAUGUUAUGUAACUUAAAAAUAGAAACAUCAGACAGUUUCUACCUCUUUUAAGGUGGCAGGAGUGAAAAUGAGUCAUCUUCAACAUUUGUUGUGUUCUGGUUUCAGAACGAUGAAGACAGUUGGAGAACAAUUAUAAAACAGGAUGUCACCUCUACAGGAUGAUUCUUUUCCCUCGGCAAAUGUGGUUUUCCAAAAUGAUGUACAGAUUUUUAGGCAUUGUAUUAAAUCAAAUGGCUUGAAAAACAGUGCACAUAGCUGCCGUAAAUGGAGCACGCCCCCGGAUCCCGCCUAGGUUUGGGCUGAGCUCUGAAAGUUUACCAUAUCUGGCUCCGCCCCUGGUCUCCAUGCUGCAGUCUGUGCUCUCUUCUCACACCUUUAACAUUCUGACAGCCAGAUACAAAACAUGAUUACACGUUAUCCUCAAGGCAGGAAAUCAAAUCGUGUGAGGAAUCGGAUAAACUGCAUCCCACCUGGACUGUGAUAAUCCCGCUGCACAGCCCAUAGAAGGACAGUCUUGGUGCAGACUAUACACCUACAACUCAACAUCUCAUUUAUUAUCCCCAACGGGCUAGACGAGGAGAGCUGCAAAUAUGAAUCGAUUAGUUGUCAGCUAUUAAAUUAAUCGCCAACUAUUUUGAUAAUCGAUUAAUCGGUUUGAGUCAUUUUUUAUGAAAAAAAUUAUUUCUCUGAAGAAGAAAUUCUCUGAUGUCAGUUUGUUAAAUGUGAAUAUUUUCUAGUGUCUUCUCUCCUCUGGGACAGUAAACUGAAUAUCUUUGAGUUGUGGACAAAACAAGACAUUUGAGGACGUCAUCUUGGGCUCUUUGGGAAACACUGAGCCACAAUGUUCCACCAUUUUCUGACAUUUUAUAAGCAAACAACUAAUACAUUAAUGGGAAGAAAAAAAAGAAUCGACGAUGAAAAGAAUCGCUAGUUGCAGCUCUGUGUGGACAAGUAGGAUUAACAGGAUUGUCAGCUUGUGUGUGGAGCAGUUUGGAUAUUUCUGAAUAGCUCCAUUUUCGUAAAAUAACUCAAUUUGAAUGUCGGUCGUGGCUUCCAUGUUUAUCACAGUAAUAAUGUUCACAUCAUUACAGUGUUUCAUCAUAAUAAUUGCUUUUUUUGUGUAGCAGUUUCUUUUCACAGUGACAAACAACUUCACAUAGGCCUAAAACAUGUUUGAAAUCUCAACUUCAACACUAAUUUAAUGCCUGAUUGGUCAUAAUUAUGUGUUUGCAGAAGCUGCAGUUGACUGUUAAAGAUGCCUGGCGUUGACUGUGCACUUGUGCAAUGCUCCCUUAGAAUAAAAUGCACUAAUCAAAGUCAAA